UUCCCCUUCCUCCUUCCCCGCUCUCUAUCCCUGCCUCUCUCCGCAUCUCUCCCUCUCUUCCCUUCUCUCGCUCUCUUUCCUCCUCCUUUUAUUCUCACUGUCACGCAUUUCUCAUCACUCCCCCUCAUUCUGGCUUUCCACCCACUCACUGUCCUCUCUCUCUCUCCCUCUCUCUCCACCUCCGACCGACCCCCCUUCCCUCUAUCUCUAUUGGCUCCUAUCAUCCCCUGCUCCCCAUUUCUCUUCUUUCCUUGGGAGGCUUCUCCCUCCAUCCCCACCCCAGGCUCCUGCUUGCAGACCCCAUCUGCGUCCCUGCCCUCCAGGACAUGUCCUGGAGAUGAGGGGGGACGCACCACGCACCAGCGGGAAGUCAGGGCUGGAGACCAGAUGGAAGAGGCUCUGUGGGCAGACGUGGCCACUGCGGGCCUAGGAGGGGGCCUGGGCCGCAAGCGGUCUAGAAGGGGGCACUGUGCGGGGACCCCGGCUAAGGGGUGCUCUGGGGGCAGCUGGGGACUGUGCAGGGAGAAGGGACAACAGAAUGAUAACCAGCUUGGCAGCAAGGAGGGGAUCCCUCACCCCACCGACAGCUCUCGGAUCUGGGAAUCGCUGCAGGGCCGUGUCGGAGCUGGAAGCGGCCAGAUGCAUCGUGCUGCGUGGCCUCCUCCGCUCACGCGCCGGCUUUCCUGAGCCCCCCGUCUGUGCUGGGCGCCGGGCUCUGCACGCUCCCGCGUAAUCGCAGCCACCCCGGGAGGCCGAUAGCGGACUGCUGACCGCCCUCCCUCAGCCAUGGACCCCCUUGGCUAUCCUUCCCCGGUGCCCGCCACCUCGGAACCUGAGAACGCCUCGGCCUGGCUCCUGGACGCCACCCUGGGAAACGUGUCCGUGGCCCCGAGCACGGCCGGCCUGGCUGUCAGGGGCGUCCUCAUCCCACUGGUCUACCUGGUGGUGUGCGUGGUGGGCCUGCUAGGCAACUCCCUGGUGAUCUACGUGGUCCUGCGGCACACGGCCAGCCCGUCGGUCACCAAUGUCUACAUCCUCAACCUGGCGCUGGCCGACGAGCUCUUCAUGCUGGGGCUACCCUUCCUGGCCGCCCAGAACGCCCUGUCCUACUGGCCCUUCGGCUCCCUCAUGUGCCGCCUGGUCAUGGCCGUGGACGGCAUCAACCAGUUCACCAGCAUCUUCUGCCUCACGGUCAUGAGCGUGGACCGCUACCUGGCGGUGGUGCACCCCACCCGCUCGGCCCGUUGGCGCACCGCCCCCGUGGCGCGCGCCGUCAGCGCGGCCGUCUGGGUGGCCUCGGCCGUGGUGGUGCUGCCCGUGGUGGUCUUCUCGGGCGUGCCCCGGGGCAUGAGCACCUGCCACAUGCAGUGGCCCGAGCCCGCGGCGGCCUGGCGUGCCGGCUUCAUCAUCUACACGGCCGCGCUGGGCUUCUUCGGGCCCCUCCUGGUCAUCUGCCUCUGCUACCUGCUCAUCGUGGUCAAGAUGCGCUCGGCGGGACGGCGGGUGUGGGCGCCCUCGUGCCAGCGGCGGCGGCGCUCCGAGCGCAGGGUCACGCGCAUGGUGGUGGCCGUGGUGGCGCUCUUCGUCCUCUGCUGGAUGCCCUUCUACGUGCUCAAUAUCAUCAACGUGGUGUGCCCGCUGCCCGAGGAGCCCGCCUUCUUCGGCCUCUACUUCCUGGUGGUGGCACUGCCCUAUGCCAACAGCUGCGCCAACCCCAUCCUCUAUGGCUUCCUCUCCUACCGCUUCAAGCAGGGCUUCCGCCGGGUCCUGCUCCGGCCUUCCCGCCGGGUGCGAAGCCAGGAGCCCCCAGCCGGACCUCCAGAGAAGACAGAGGAGGAAGAGGAGGAGGAGGACGAGGAUGGACAGGAGGGUGGGGAGAAGGGCGCCGGGAAGCAGGGGGAAGCCAAGGAGAUGAAUGGCCGGGUCAGCCAGAUCACACAGCCUGGCACCAGCAGGCAGGCGCUGCCUCCCAGCUGUGUGCCCGGCAAGGAGCAGCAGUUCCUGCCCCAAGAGCCUUCCUCGGGGGAGAAGCCGGGUUCCCUGCACAUCAGCUGUCUGUAGGGCUGGUGGAGGGCCAGAGUGGCCCAAGCACAGAGCACAGGCUGUGGGUGCGCCUCGGGGCUGCCACCCAAGGUGCCAGGGGCCCGUGAUGGGCUGUUCAGAUCCCACUGCUGCUGAGACUCGCUGUGUGACCUCCGACAGGUCACUUGCCCUCUCUGGGCCUCGUGUUCUCCUCUGUGACUCAGGGAUGGGAGUCAUCGGUCUAGACAAGCGCUGCCGGAUGAGAAGACUGGAAGGACAUGACCGCUGGGCUGACCCUCCUGAGGGGGCCCCAGGUUAAGGGGAGAGGUGCAGACUGGCCGUCCCCUUCAGAGACAGAGCAUCCUGGUGGGUUGGCCUGAGUCUGGGUCCUCAGAGGAUAAACCAAGGCCUGGAUUUCCUGGGCUCAGAGUCAGGUUCAUAAGAGAGGGGCUGGGGCCCAGGUUCACAGGGAGCUGGACUAGCACCACCCCCAAGCCCCCAGUAGAAGAAAAUCUUGCCCCGUGGGGGGCAGGUGUGAGGCGGCUCAGGCCCGCACCAGCUCCCCACUAUUGCUGCAAGGCCUUGAGGCAGCUCUUCUCUCUGGGCUGCAGGCCUCACCUGCUGAGCCACCCAGUAACCUCCAGGCCCUCUUGCCAGACGGUCGGGCCAGGACUCCUGUGAUCCUGGACUUGAGAAGAAGCGAAUUUUCCAAGAAGCUUGUUAAGUCCAGCUGUAGGGUCCCUUGCUGCUUGGGCCCUCUGAGUCCCUGAGCCUAAUUUUGUACUUGGAAUUUUGUAUCGCUUUUCUUAAAGAGGGACCCCAUAUGCAUAAGCUUAGGCCACCCAAAGCCUAGCUCGGGCCCUGCUGAGGGCAGCCCACGAAUCCCCAAAGCAGCUCACUUUGUGUUCGGAGCCUGGAGGGGGGACGGGGGUGUCUCUGGGUCUGUGAGAGCUCACAGGAGAAGCAUCCCUGUGCUUCCCCUCUCGCUGACCAAGGCAGGGACCCCACCAGGCAUACUGGCACGGAAGGGCAGAGGGUAAGACAGUGAGUGCUGAGAGGAGAAGGAGGAGGAGGAGGAGGGGAGGACAGGAGGGAGGAGGAGGAGGGAAGGAGGACGAGGGUGGAGGAUAGAUCUGUUCCAUGACCUUGGAGCUGUCCUUGGCCCCUCUGGACUGAGCCCAGUUGCUGCAUCAAUGAAACUGAGUUGCCUGGCCCAACAGUCCCAAGAAAACGAUGCCAUCAGGUGGAAGAGCAAAUGCUCUGAAAGGCACAGGGCCAGCCCCUUGAGGCCGAUCAGUGCUGGGAAGAGGGGCUGGGCCUGGCCUGUGCUGAGAAGCAGGGCCUGGUAGAACGGAGCAGGCCUCUCCCCCUCUGAAUUCCCCGGGCUGCAGGCUGGAAAGGCCCAGGGAAGACAAGACAAGACAAAAAAGUGGGACCACAGGGCCCUCCCUGGUUUGGCUCAGUGGAUAGAGUGUCAGCUUGUGGGCGGAAGGGUCCUGGGUUCGAUUCCAGUCAAGGGCACAUACCUCCAUCCCGGCCCUGGU